AUGGAAUUAUUGGAACUGGAAGCAAACGAUGUACGAAUUGUUGGAAUCCAUGGGAAAGAUGGUAUUGGAAAGACCACUAUUGCCAAGAUCAUCUAUGACAAAAUAUCCCAUCUCUUUGACGCUUGCAGUUUUCUUAUGGAGAUUAAAGAAACAAUGCAGCAACCUGGUGGUGUUCAGUAUCUUCAAACCAAGUUGAUCUUUGAUAUUUGGAAAAGAGAGUAUGAGGUUGCUUCUGCUUUCAAAGGAGUACGAUUUUUGAAAGAAAUAUUUAGGAGUAUGAAAGUUCUCAUUGUUUUUGAUGAUGUAGAAACAGGGACCCUCCUCAAGAAGUUUGUAGGAGCUAAGCUUGAUUGGUUUGGUUCUGGAAGUAGAAUAAUUGUCACCUCAAAAGAAAGCAGAGUUCUUCAAGGGUUUGUUGCUCAAGGGUUAGCUUGUACUUACGAUGUUAGUCCGAUGGAUGACAAUCUAGCAUUCGACUUUUUCUGGCAGUGUGCAGCAACCGGAAAGAGUUAUACACUACGUUCUUAUGUUAAAAGUGCAAUCGAUAUAGUGAAGGCUGCGAAGGGACUUCCACUACUUGUCGAAGUUUUUGGUUCUUUUUUGCAAUAUAAAGGACUGGAAGAAUGGAUUAAGUUCAAAGAUCUCAUACAACACUUUCAGGAAGAUUACCAGAAGAUUCUGAGCGUAAUUUAUGAAGCAUUAGAUCAAAAGCAAAAGCAGAUGUAUCUUGAUAUUGCAUGUUUCCCUCCGGAUGUGGAUUGUAGGAUUGCCUCACAUAUGUGGCAUCAUUAUGAUCGUCCUAGUGAUGAAAUCAAGGUUCUUCGUCGUAUGUUCCUAAUAAAAACGGAAGAAAAUAAAAUGGGCAUGCAUAUCAUGCUGAGGUGCCUUGCCAGGGAGAUUAUUCGCGAAGGUUUCCAUAAUCCAGGAACAGGUGUUGGAUUGUACGGUCCUGCCUUAGCCCAGGGCACGGACAAGGGGAAAAAGGAAACAGACCACCUUAACACUGAAGAGGCAGGCUUUGAGUUCUUGCCAAACACGACGUUUCUCUGCUUGGGUCGCGCCAAUGGUGCCCUCAAGACGCGAUCAGCAUUCAUUUAG